AUGUCCAAUCAUCAACGUCGAGGAGUCAACAUGAAUCGAUCACCUAUACCACGUUACACACCCCCACCAUCGCCUUUCCUCUCCCAUCAAACUAUCACCUUCCUCGCAUCUUGGCGUGGACAAUUACUGGUCUGUACGAUCGUCCUCGUCAUCGGUGCGAUCUACUUCUUCGUCAGACCACCGAUCGAUCAAUGGCAUCGCAGACGUAAAGAAGCAUUAUCUAGGAAGAGGGAACUAGAAUUAAUGAAGAUGGCAGAAAAAGAGGAGCAGUCCAACAAAGCGGAGGAGAAAGAUGAUAUACCAAUCAAAGCGGGUAAUAGUGGCUCGAUCAAGGAUAGAGGUAGAGAGAAGAAUAAAAAUCAGAGUGGUAACAGGAAAAGAAUAAAUUCACAUUUGAAACCACCUACAACAGAUACUGGGACAGGUGGAAGUCCAAUAGAAUCUUCUCCUGCACCUGCUCCUUCAAAAUCAUUAUCCUCCCCUACACCUACCAAACCUAAGCGAUCACUCUCUAAUACGCAUCCGAACAACGCUUCGUCCAGCAAACUACAACAGAAGAGUGAUCCUAAAUCGUCUAAACCACUUCCACUUUCUACUCCAAGCAGACAAAAACCACCUCCACCUAUCAUCGUUCCCAAACCGUGUAUCAAUUCGACGGACCCUUGGAACAUCCCAUUACCACCUUCACCCAUUGCUGGACCAUCCAAACUCAAUAGAGUAAACGGAGUGAACGGAUUGGGCAUGGAAGAAAUCUCGGACGAUGCUGGUAGUGUCAGUGUGAAUGAUCGUACUGAAGAAGAACCAAUUGAAGUACCAGCCAAAAAGAAGUUCGAAGGAUUUUCAAUCUAUCCUGAUGAAGGGUAUCUACCCCCUGCUGUUCAGACGCCUGGUAAUACCAAUAAAAAGAAGAAAAGGAAGAACAAGACUCCUACUGGUAUUUCAGCCGGGAUUAACGGAUCAACAGCGAUGAUGGAAACUUCGUCUUCGGAGAAAAAUCCCAUCAACAAUUCUGAUGAGAUAAUCGAGAAUCACAUCAACGGUAAUUCACUUGUUACGAUUAGUACAAGUCUGACUAAUGGAGGUAGGAGAGUAAGACAUCAACAUACCCGUACAUCAUCUAUUACUCUUUUACCCAACCUGAAUGUGACGGAGUUGAGGGAGAUAGUGGAGCGAAGGGACGAGACGAUCGAUCAGCUCCGGGCGGAGAUCGGUAUGGCGAAAGCUGAGGAGUCGAAAGCAAAGGAGGAAGCUGUAAGAGCUCGGAUGGGUGAAGAGAAGAUCAGAGGUGAAAUGGAGAGAUCGAAGAGAGGUAGUUAUGUCAGGAGUGAUAGUCAGGCAUCAUCGGUUCAAGGUCAAGGUUCAGGUCAGGGGAUUACUGGAGGGCAGGAAAGAAGGAGAGAAGCCGAGCUUCAAAGUCGGCUGGCUCAGAUGCAACAACUUUACACCACCGCUCUUAGUCGCUUGUCGACAUAUGAAAGUACCCUUCGAGAUUCAGGCAUCAUGUUACCUCCUCUACCUUCACCCAUACCUAUGCUUCACCCUCAAUCGCCUCUUCCUCCCAUGCCCACUUCACCAUACGUACCUAGUCCAGGUCCAGGUAGGAACACACCCAUAAUGGGAGGAGGGUUCAUACCGUAUCCUUCCCCUGGGAUGUAUCCUUCCCCAAUGCUUCAUCCUACUCAUACACAUUAUCAUCACCAUACGCACUCGCAUUCGCCUAGUCCGUAUCGACGCACGAGCAGUUUCGUAGGUGCGCCAAAUGGGAAUGGAGAGAUGAUCAGUUAUCCAAUCGACUCGAUGGAUCUUAUAGGGGGCCCUAUGGAUAUUGGAUCUUCCACUAUGCCGAUUGGACUAGGUCAUCUGAAUGGCCAUGGACAGGAAGGUGAGAAGGAUAGGGAAAGGAGAAGACAGAGUAUAGAAUCGUCAGUGUUGAAAAGGAAAGUUCAACAUUUGUCUGCGGUUGCGGUCGAAAAUGACACUGACAAUGGGAAUGGGGAAGUGGUUGAAGAGGAAGAAGUUGAAUCAUCGGAUAAACCGACGAGUAGCUCAAGUAAUGGUAAUCAAAAUGAAGGAUCUAUCGGUGAAAGUGUAGAGAGUGUACUUUCUACUGAAGAACGCAAUUUGAGUUUCAGUGUGAAUGGAAAUACGAAUACGAAUACGGAUACGAAUACGGGUACGGUGAUUAGAGUGAUGUUGGAUAGUAAGAGAGGUAACGUCUAUUACCAUGAUGGAGUUGUCACAGACAAUGAGAAUACCGAUGCCCCUGAAGCUGAAAUUCAAGGUGAUGAACCAGAGUCGGAGUCUAGAGAAAAAGGAGAAUUUCAACCUAUCUUUGCAUCUCUCGCACAUACACCUGAACAAAUUGAAGAAAUGAGACAAAUCAGUCGAAAACAACAGGACCAAAAGCGAGAAAGGGGGACAAGUGUUAGUUCGAGUUUGAGUUCUACCAAAGGUGUGGGCAUGGGAGCUGGAUUGGGCAAUGGGGGAUUGUUGACUCCUAGUCCUUGUAAGAGUCCCGUACCGUUGAGGGGUUAG